AUGGUCUCGACGAGAAGGCAACGUUCGAAUUCCAGAACACGCAGCGGUGGGAAACCACCAAUGAAAACUCUGCCAAGUCCCGAAGAGGAGGAUAACGAUAUGGAAGUACAAGCUGCUGCCGACGAUAACAUCGACACGGAAGAAAGCACGGAAAAAGAAGUCGCAAAGGGACAGGUCAUUUCAGAGCAAAGAGAUGAAGCUGAAAAUGAAGCUGCUUCCAAGGGGAUGGAAGAAGAGCAAGCUGCGGAACCAAAACGAAUUGUCCAUCGCAUUCGUCCAAGGAAGGGUGGAUUGGGACUGACGGCCAAAACCGCCUCGGGCAAGAAUGAACUGACCAAACUCAUUCCUGGAUACACGGCCGAAAUGACAUUGCAAACUCCUUCCUUGGCGGGAUUUCGACCAUCCGGGGGAAUCCAUGAUCUGAUACGACAAGCGGAAAGUACCGAUGCGUCCACCCGUAAUUUUGUGGGCAAAGCCAGCGAGAAACACGUGGAUAUCAUGCAGAGAAAAGUCAAUGGUUCAAUAUCUGCUUACAAUGCUACUCACUCGUCAUUCAAGAAAGGAAUUGAAAAGCCCAAGGAUGAAACCGCUGGGAAGGGAUGGUUCAAUAUGGAACCAACUCCAAUGUCGGACGAGCUCAAGGCUGAUUUGUCAGUGAUUCGGAAUCGUUCCUAUUUGGACCCCAAGAGAUUCUACAAGUCAUCUGACAAGCAUCACAAGAUUGUCCAAGUGGGUACUGUUAUUGAAGGAGCAGCAGAAUAUUACUCUUCUCGAUUGACCAAGAAACAAAGACGAUCCAAUAUUACCGAAGAAAUUCUUGCCGACAAGGGCACAUCGAGCUGGGCUACCAACAAAUUCAAGAAAAUGCAACAGGAAAAGACGGAGAGAUCAAAGCAAAGACGAAAGAGAGGUCGUUCAAGGAGAUGA